AUGUCAACUCACGAGCCAGACUUCAACUCAUGGGAUAUCGACAAAGCCAUCUCGUGGUGCAGUGAAGCAGGAUGGGAGCCCACCUCGAAGCCUGAAGUCGGCGCUAAGCGUUUCGAAUCACUGAGCGAAGAGGAUCUCGUCAACAAUGCUCGUAUUCAGUGGACAGCCGAAGGAAUCAAGAAGGUCCGGGCUUUCUGUGCCAAACACCAAGUCUCUACUCGCAACCGUCCAAGCCCAGAACAACUCCUCAGCCUCGUGGAUCAGAUUUGUGUUCUGGAGGAUGUCACUGCCUUCAUGAACGCUGCCAAGAAAGUUCUCUCCUGCAUUGACCGAUAUGUGUCGAACAAGUGCCCGGCUCUGGACGAAGAGCAGCAGGAUGACGGAGAGUGGAAGUGUGUUUGGUAUCGGUUCAGUGAGGCUUGGUUUCAACCAGGAUGGGAUGGGGAUAUCAAGCCACCUACUGCUGGAGAUCCGUGGGCCGAGAGACCAGUCAUUGACCACCGCCACACCAUGGGAGAGACUAGACUCAUCAACGCUGCAGUCGAGGCACGGACUUCUCGUCUGCGCGCUGUUCUUGCCUCCAAAAUGGCCACCGCCAAAUCGGCCUCAGAGAAUGAAGAGAGCACCGUGAAGGCACCAGUCCAGAUCACAAUCCAAGUCCCAGAGAGCGCGAAGGCUUCAUCAGCCAUCACCAACAAGGAAUCUUCACCAAGUGCAGCUGGAGAGGCCCAGACUGCGGUGCCUGCCGAGAAGACCAUGGAAAUCGCGGCCGCGUCAACCCAGUACGAAAUUGAAGAGGUCCUCGCUACGUACACCGGACAAGACAACCAGAGUUUCAUGACCGUCAAGCUCAAGGGACUCCCGGUUCCUGUCGCGGUUCCUGUUGUGGGUGCUGCCACGGCUCCUGGCACUGCCCAGAUUGGCAAGAACAUCAAGUCCAAGGGUGCCAAUGUCCUAUCGAAGAGCGGAGCUGCCAAGCAAGUCAGUUUCGACCCCAAGGCUGCUGUAUCACCGGAGACUCCGUCACCAAAGACCUGCAGCUUCAGUCGUCGCGAGCCCGACGCUCCAAAGCGUCCUCAAGCCAUGAAUGUUGAGCACGACAAGAGUUUCAUUGCUCAGGACAAGGAUGCUGGCGGUUCCGAGACCUCCGAACGUAGCGAUGCCAGCAACAACGACGCUGACGAGACCGGGACCCAGGCCACUGAGCGCAACGAUGUCAGCUAUGACCAGGCUGGCGAUUCCGAUGGCUACCAAGACAGCGAUGCCAGCUCCACAGCUUCGCUGGCAGCAGCCUAUGACGGCUUCGUCAAGAACGUCGUCGCUGCAAUCCAAGACGGAACGGAUGGCAAGGAAGAGAACCAACAGGAGUUCGCCAUGCCAGAGCCAUUGGCAUCGAAAGCAAAGAAGACACUGACCUCUGCAGUCUCAUCCUACAAGAAGCCAGCAGCACCAUCCUUCACCAAGCAGCCCGCGACGUCCGGACCAGAAGCCUUUUCAUCAUCCAAGAAGAAUACGGCGCCAGCUCCCAAGAAGAAUACCGAGCCAGCUCCCAAGGAGAUGGACAAGCCUAAGCCGGCUCCAGAGAAUUCUCGGCAUUGUUCAAGACGGGCCUGCCGACAUCAGCUUCCUCCUUGUUCACCUUCGGCCAGGCCAAGGCCGCUGACGACGAUUUUGAAGCAUUUCUUUGAUACGACUUUAUUUGCAUACACUCCCUCUCUCAUAUGCAGGCCUGGUUGA